GGGCUGGGGAUCCCCACGUGCAUGCCUGCGAAGGAGAAGAAAAGGGUCGGCAGCGGCGGACGCGUGACCGUGUGGUUGUUUGCCUGCGAGCUGGGGACUCCUGGUUUUGCCGCACCGCCAACUGCGGAGCUUUUGCUCAGCUCCCAAGCACCUUUGGCGGCUGCUAUGCUGUGGAAUAGCUCGGGCUGCGCCUCAAACUCUAUUCCUGUGCCCUCCGGUGCCUUUUUCCUCCUUCAUGACUACUCCUGCGCCGGCGGCGGCGGCAGCCGUCCUGGGGAGGGACAUGGCCCCUGGGCCUCCCGAACAUGCUGCUUUGGCCGCCGAUCCCCCUGUGAACGCGGCUAGCGGGAAGCAGGAACCCCGGGCAGUGGUGCCCGCUCGGAGAACGGUCCCCUCUCCCUCCUGUCCGGCGAUUCCCACGGGCAGCCCUGUUAGGUUUGUCCUGAAUCCCGUGGGCGCCAGGCUUCCCCUUAGCUUCGUCCCAUCCUUCGCUCCUCAACCCCGAGUGCUGCCUGCCCCCAUAGGAAUCAAACUAGCCCCCUCGACUCCUGGGCGGCAGCUCUCCAAGUCAAGCAACAUGGGUGUGAGGCAGCCAGUCCCUCCCUCGGGAGGACCCAAAUCCGCACAAAUGACAAUACAAUUGCCUGCUAAUUUUCAGAUCCCCCAAGGAAUGAUUCUAGUCAGAAGUAAUACCGGUCAAUUAAUGUUGAUAUCACAACAAGCAUUAUUAGAAGCUCAGAGUCAGACCUCAAAUAAUACCAGUGUAAAAUGCUCAAUACCUCCAACUGCAACUACCAUCAAAAUUCAGCCUGAACAGAGUUCUGGAACUCAGGUACUUAAAGUACUAACGGCUCCUGUUAAAACACUGGCUUGGGCAACUCAUUCUAUUACUUCUACUGUUAAGAAGCCUGCUGUAAUUCAGUCUAUAGCAUCACCAAAUAUUAUAGGCUCAACAGCAAAGUCAUUGAUUGCUGGAUCAUCAGCAAAGCUUCCUCUUUCUGACUCUCCCAUGAUGGCUUUCACUUCAAAACCAGUUGCUGAAACAGAUGACUCCAAAGUCACCCAGCCCUUCAGUUAUACAGAAAUGCUGGAAAACGUGAAAAAGUGCAAAAACUUCCUUACAACACUAAUAAAACUGGCCUCCAGUGGACCUCAAGCACCUCAGAUGGGGCAGAAUGUGAAGCAUCUGGUUCAAAGGCUGUUGGAAGCUAAAAUUGAGCCAGAAGAAUUUACCAAAGAACUAUAUGUGGAACUAAAGUCUUCUCCGCAGCCAAAUCUUGUUCCCUUUCUCAAGAAAAGUAUACUCUCCUUACGGCAAUUAAUGCCUAAUACAGAGACCUUUAUAGAACAAUGUCUUCAGCAAUCUGCCCCUCAAACAGCUUCUUCUACUUAUUCCACUGCAUCAUCAACUUCUUCCACAGUUGCUGAUGGCACUUUGGCCUCCUCUCAACCUGCAACAUCAGUCCCCAGCUCUCCACUUCAAAUAUCUUCUCCACGGACAUCCAUUUUGGUACCCUGCACGACUACAAGAAGUGAUUCUGUGUCUCUUCCACUUGUUGAGGCAGCUUGUGCUUUGGCUGCAGGAGCACUCUCUUACCAAGAUGACAAGUCCAUCCUCUCCACUCAACUGAUUGGAGGAAUCAAUACCAUGAAGGCCAUACAGACAACUUCCACUACAGAGGAGACGGGAACAGUUUCUCUUCAGGUAGCAAAGCCAGACCCAACAUUACCUUCAACUACUUUUACUACUAGUUCUAUGAAGUCAGCCGCAUCAGCUGGGAUGUCGUCAUUUGAAGUGGCAAAACUGCCCUUGGCUACUACAGCAACCUCUGCUACAUCAGUAACCACAACUCUCCAAUCUGUCCUGCCUAUCACUGGGGCGCCAAGCGCUGUACGGGUUCCCCAUCCCAAUUCUGCCCUUCCCCAGCCAAUUUGGAGUUCUCUGGCUGGAAAGGUAAAACAGUCGGCAGUCCAGCAACCCUCUGGAAACAUCUUAAGAAAUGUGGCCAAGCAUCAGCAGGUUCCUACUCUCCCUAAUGUGAACAAGUUAUGUGAAAAAAGACCAUUGAACGCUUUUAUCCAAGGCUCCAUUGUGAAACAAAUUACCUUGGCAGGAAACAAAUUUCUAUCGCUUGAAGCGUCUCCUGUUCAGAGAAAUAAAAUAAGAGAGAGUGGAACAACAUCCUUCAGGGAAGAAGAUGACAUUAAUGAUGUGGCUUCUAUGGCUGGAGUUAACUUGAGUGAAGAGCACGCAUGCAUAUUGACCACAAAUUCUGAAGCAAUCGGUACUGUUUUGUGCUCUUGUUCAGAGAAGCUGCUCCUCUCUUCAGAGGCAUUGCAGAAGAGGAUCUUAAAAAAAGGUAAAAGGCAUGACAUUAUGGAAGUUAAUUCUGAUGUUCUGAACUUGAUCUCCUAUGCUACCCAGGAGAGAUUAAUAGGACUUCUAGAAAAACUAACUUUAAUUGCUCAACAUCGUAUAAGGACCUAUAAGGGGAAUAACAAGUACAUUUUAUCUAAUGAUACGCGGUCUCAGCUUCAGUUUCUUGAACAAUUGGAUCAGGUUGAGAAACGGAGGAAAGAUGAAGAAGAAAAAGAACAGUUGCUCCGAGCAGCCAAGAGCCGUUGCAAUAAAGAAGAUACAGAACAGCUGCGUUUAAAGCAGAAAGCAAAAGAGAUGCAACAAUUAGAAUUCACACAAAUGCAGCAACAGGAGGCUAAUCGUGCAGCUCUGGAAGCCCUUGGGCCAAGAAAGAAGAGACCAUUGGAUUCGUCUAUUUCUUUUUCUGGACUUGAG